AAUUUCCAGAAACUGCUAAACUCGUAGUGAUGUCACCAUCUCGUUCAUCGUCAAUUCAUUUCAACAGGACUCUGCUGGGUACAUUAAUUUGUUGCUAUUUAUCGGCUGAUCACGUUACAGGCAUCAUCGAUGAUUCAAAUACCGCGAAAUUUCCCGUAUACAGACAAACUGGCUGUGGUUCGAAUGAAGGAUCAUCACAUCUGCGAUCUCUAAGAUCAGUUUUUGGGAUGGAUAGCGUUGGCCAAGUCGUGUAUCCACUGACAUCACGUUCCGCAGCUAUGAUAUCAGGUCGUGGGUUCCGGCCUGGUAAGAGAUAUGAUACAGAAAUCAUAUCUUUCAUGUGAUCAACACUAGGUUACAGUACCCGUGAAGAGCUUAUUGAUGAAAUAGUAUUAUGUAUUCAUGAUAAAAUGCUUUAAG